GCGAGCCCGAACUGCUUUCCAGCUCUCUUUUUCGCGUGUGCAAGUACAUUCGCCAUUUGUGUGUUUGCGAUUGAUCGCUUUUGUCGUCGGGAAAUUCCGUCGUUAAACCCACGGGAAGCGCUUCAAAUUAGCACCAACAGCAGCAGCAACCAAAAUGCCGAAGAAUAAAGGCAAGGGAGGAAAGAACCGUCGCCGCGGUAAGAACGAAAACGAAUCGGAAAAGCGCGAGCUGAUCUUCAAGGAAGACGAACAGGAAUACGCACAGGUCACAAAAAUGCUUGGCAAUGGCAGACUGGAGGCGAUGUGCUUCGACGGUGUCAAGCGACUAUGUCACAUCCGAGGAAAGCUCCGGAAAAAGGUCUGGAUCAACCAGGGCGACAUCAUUCUUAUCGGCUUGCGUGACUACCAGGACUCGAAAGCGGACGUCAUCCUCAAGUACACACCGGACGAGGCACGAAAUCUCAAGACGUACGGUGAGUUCCCGGAGUCGGUCCGCAUCAACGACACAGUCACAUUCGUCGACAACGACCUGGACGACGACAUCGAGUUCGGCGACGAGUACAGCUCGGAGGAGGAGGUGGACGCCGUGGACGCUAUAUGAUCGGUCACCACCAAAAGCAACAGCACAGCUUUUACCAGCAGCAGCAUCAGCAGUAAAAGCAGUUAAACAAAAAAAAAAACAAAAUUUCCGAUCAUUUCGUGAUUUGUUCAGUAUAGUAUUUAAAAGCGAGAGUACGAUUAGCAAACGAGAUCAAAAAGCUAAUUUGGUACGCGAAAUCCCAGUUUGUAUGCAACAUCCGCAACUGGUUAGUUUGUUAGAAAACAAUUACAACACAUGGUGAAGUAGGAGCAGCAUAAAAAUCUACUGAAUGAGACAGGCAAAUAUACAGGUGCUUCGUUUUAUUAAA